CCAUAAUAAUUUUUUAAAAUUUCUAGGCUCCGAUGAGAUUCACUGAAAAAAAAAAUUGACCGUGCUAUAACCUGUUAACUAUUGAAUUGAUUCUUGGGAGUCAUUCUCUUCAAAGGAUACAAAUAAGCAGUUAAGAUGUCUACCACACCAGACGUUGAAGUUCAAAUCACCAAAGUGUUCGACACUAUUUUAGUGUUAGAUUUUGGAUCACAAUAUUCUCAUUUAAUUACUCGUCGUUUAAGAGAAUUCAAUGUCUAUGCUGAAAUGUUACCAUGUACUCAAAAGAUUUCUGAAUUGACUUGGAAACCAAAGGGUAUUAUUUUAUCUGGAGGUCCAUACUCAGUUUAUGCUGAAGAUGCUCCUCAUGUUGAUCAUGAUAUCUUCAAAUUGGAUGUUCCAAUUUUAGGUAUUUGUUAUGGUAUGCAAGAAUUAGCUUGGAUUAAUGGUAAAGGAGUUGCUAGAGGUGAUAAAAGAGAAUAUGGUCCUGCCACUUUACAAGUUGAAGAUGCUACUUGUGAUUUAUUUAAAGGUGUUGAUCAUUCUCAAGUUUGGAUGUCUCAUGGUGAUAAAUUACAUGCUUUACCAACUGGUUUCAAAGUUGUUGCUACUUCUGAUAAUUCCCCAUUCGCUGGUAUUGCUCAUGAAUCAGAUAAGAUUUAUGGUAUUCAAUUCCAUCCAGAAGUUACUCAUACUGCUCAAGGUAAGAUUUUAUUAAAGAAUUUUGCCAUUGAUAUUUGUAAUGCUAAGAACAACUGGAGUAUGGAAAAUUUUGUUGAUACUGAAAUUGCUAGAAUUAGAAAAUUAGUUGGUCCAACUGCUGAAGUUAUUGGUGCUGUUUCUGGUGGUGUUGAUUCUACCGUUGGUGCUAAAAUCUUAAAGGAAGCUAUUGGUGAUCGUUUCCAUGCUAUUUAUGUUGACAAUGGUGUUAUGAGAUUAAAUGAAACUGAAACUGUAUACAAGACAUUAACUGAAGGUCUUGGUAUUAAUUUAACUGUUGUUGAUGCUUCUGAAUUAUUCUUAGGAAGAUUAAAGGGUGUAACUGAUCCUGAAAAGAAGAGAAAGAUUAUUGGUAAUACUUUUAUUCAUGUUUUUGAAGAUGAAGCUGCUAAGAUUAAACCAAAAUCUGGUCAAGAAAUUGAAUAUUUAUUACAAGGUACUUUAUACCCAGAUGUUAUUGAAUCUAUUUCAUUUAAGGGACCAUCUCAAACCAUUAAAACUCAUCAUAAUGUUGGUGGUUUAUUAGAAGAUAUGAAAUUAAAAUUAAUUGAACCAUUAAGAGAAUUAUUCAAAGAUGAAGUUCGUCAUUUAGGUGAACUUUUAGGUGUACCACAUGAUUUAGUUUGGAGACAUCCAUUCCCAGGUCCAGGUUUAGCUAUUAGAGUUUUAGGUGAAGUUACUAAGGAACAAGUUAAAAUUGCCAGAGAAGCUGAUUUCAUCUUUAUUGAAGAAAUUAAAAAGGCCGGAUUAUAUAAAGAAAUUUCUCAAGCAUUUGCUGCUUUAUUACCAGUUAAAUCAGUUGGUGUUAUGGGUGAUCAAAGAACUUAUGAACAAGUUAUUGCCUUAAGAGCCAUUACCACUGUUGAUUUUAUGACUGCUGAUUGGUUCGUUUUCGAAGCUGCUUUCUUGAAGAGAGUUGCUUCUAGAAUUGUUAACGAAGUUGAAGGUGUUGCUCGUGUUACUUAUGAUAUCACUUCCAAGCCUCCAGCUACUGUUGAAUGGGAAUAAAUGUAACAUACCAUUAUUAUUAACAUUAACAUAUAUUUAUAUAUAUAUAUAUAUACAUAGAAGUAUCAUAUCUCCUUACUAUAAUACACUGUAAUAUUUAGAC